UGCAUUCAGGAGCAGAAAGACUCCUGUAGUCUGCUGACAGCAAGCCUGCUUUGAAUCACAACAUGCAGCUGAACAUCCUUCCUCAUGGAUAUAAAGUUGGACACUUCAUAGUAUAAAAACAAAGGUCUUUGUUUGAGUUUUGACAGUAGCCAUCAUGGGAAAGAUCAUCUUCUAUGAGGACAGAAACUUUGGAGGCCAUCACUAUGAGUGCAUGAGUGACUGCACUGACCUGCACUCAAUGUUUGACCACUGCCGCUCCAUACGCGUGGAGAGUGGCAUGUUCAUGAUCUACGACCGACCCGGUUUUAUGGGGAACCAGUACUUCAUGAGAACCGGAGAGUAUUCUGACUACAUGGGCAUGACCGGCAUGAAUGACUGUGUCCGCUCAUGCCUCAUGAUCCCCUUGCACACAGGCAGCUUCAGGAUGCAGCUGUACGAGCACUUCGACAUGGGAGGUGAGAUGAUGGAGCUAACGGAUGACUGCUCAAACCUCAUGGGUCGCUUUCACCUUGCCAACUUCAACUCCUGCAACAUCCUGGAUGGCCACUGGCUGGUGUACGAGCAACCCAACUACAGGGGGCGCCACUACUACUUGAGGCCCGGCCAGUAUAAGAGCUUUAGUGAAUGGGAAGGCGCAAACUCCAGGAUUGGCUCCAUCAGACGUCUGAUGGAUCUCUAAGAAAGGGUUCUCAUAAAACGCCUGCUCUUUGCCAUAUUCCACACACUGAUGAAAAUGGCGUCAGUGCUCAAGUGGAUUCAAUUUUGCUCUUGCUCUUUUCAUUUGACGGGCGACUUCUUCAAGGAAGAUGUAACAUGCUUGGAUAUUCUGACUCUGACCAGAGGACUAAAUAAAAUACUCCCAGGAUUGACUCAUA